UUUUUUUCACGUUGAGCAAAAUGGCAACGCCGGGCAGCGGCUCGUCCAGGCGUUUAGUUCAAUAUGUGAUCGUCCGGUCAGACCUGAUCCACAGUUUAUCGUGGCCUUUAGGAGCGGUUAUAACGCAAGCCUGUCACGCGGCCACUGCAGCCAUUCAUUUACACUACAAGGAUCCUGACACUCAGCAGUAUCUGGCGGAGCUGGACAGCAUGCAUAAAGUAGUGCUGCAGGCACCGGACGAGGUCUCUCUGUCCACUCUCUCCAGUACUCUAGAGGAAAAAGACAUCGCACAUAAACUGUGGAUGGAGCAGCCGGAGAACAUCCCCACAUGUUUGGCACUGAAACCGUACCCUAAAGAGACUGUGCAGCCCUAUCUGAAAAAAUUCAAGCUUUUCAAAUGACCUCUCAACAUAAAGACUCCUCACAGGAGCACGUGUCAAGAGGAAAGAACUUUACCAUCACGUCUUUGAUUUUCUACAUCAUGUGUUGUUAAUAUCUGCACAAUAGGAUGGUGAUUGAAAUGAAGACUGAACGUCUUUAUUCUGCAUAUUGGGAUGUACUUUUUGUUUAUGAUGGAAACAAACGUAAUAAAGUGUUCUGAUGACUUUGA